AUGUCUUUCGAACCCGUCAUGCCUCCCUUUAACUCGAGCGAUCCAUCUGCCAACUUCCUCAGCUCCUCCUGUCUCGACUUUCUCCUUAUUGAGCUCGUUCCCAUGGCCUACCGUGUAACUCAUGAGCGAGAUUCUAUCGCAUCAGAAUCAAAUGGCGCACCCGCAGAUACCGCCUCAACUAGCCAUGCAGUCAGCUCCAGCGCAGCUGGAAUAAUGGCUGGCACCGCGACAAGGAAGGACGAGGAAGAGGAUAUGGACGCAGUGCACUAUCGCCUUGAGAUGUUGGGGUACAGAGUAGGACAGGGUCUUGUAGAGAGAUUCUCAAGAGACCGACCACGAUUCAACGACACACUCGACGUUAUCAAAUUCCUUUGCAAAGAUCUUUGGACGCUGGUGUUUGGCAAGAAUAUUGACAAUCUGAAGACAAAUCACAGAGGAGUUUACGUAUUGACCGAUAACCUAUUUCGACCCUUCUCGCGCAUGAGCACAGAAGCUGGUGGCCAAGCAAUCGUUCGCGCACAACCGUUCUUAUGGUUCCCAUGCGGUAUCGUACGAGGUGCAUUGGCUGCCCUUGGAAUCAACACCAGUGUCCAAGCUGAAAUCAACGAGUUGCCGGGUGCCGUGUUUCAGAUUAAAACCAUACCAAACAAGCCCUGA